UUGAUUUAAAAUACUUGACGAAUUUUGUUUGGAUUCAUUAACGUCACAUUUUACAUUUAUCAACUUCUGCGGGCUGAAGAUUUUGACUUCGCCAUCCGAACGUUAACUUUAUUUUUCCGUCUUGUGUUGGUAAAACGUAGAGUGCUGUUUAAAAAUGGCAGUUGCAAACUAAGCCGGUUCAUUGCUGCCAGUCUCCGCUAUUCAGAAUCUUCUUUUAUAGUUGGUUCUUGUUUAAGUCUGUUGAAGAAUUAUAAUUGAAGCCUUACAAUGGACACAAGAUUAACCAAAUCAAAAUUAACAGGAGUUGUUAAGGCUUACAAAAAAAAAGCAAGCACUUCAUCUCAACUUCUAGCAUCACGUACCUUGACAACAAUUACUAAUAAAAAGCGAAAUAUGAAAAUUGACAUGAUAACUACUGAGGUAAAAUCUCUUCUGAAGGAACAAAAUAGGAAUAUUGACAUAACGAGUCGAGUGACCCCCAAAGAAAGUUCAAGUAUAGUGACAAAGGCAGCAGAGCCUACAAAUUUGAAUUUGAAUGUCCAAAAACCAAAAUCAAAACCAAAAUUUAGUAAAUGGGAUAUCAAAGGGAGACUGGGAUAUACGCAAGAACUGCUAACAGAUAGUAAAAAUAGAUUAAAAAAGGCAACAAUGCACACCGCUGACCUGACAGCAGAGUUAUCUGACUUGAUAGAGAAGGAAAAUAAUGCAAAGCAGAGAGCUGCUGAAGCUGAAGAAUUCCAUGAUAGGUUGGUUAAAGACAGAGAUAUGUUGACUACCUCUAAGGAAAAGCUUGAAGAAAGCUCUGUAUCUCUGAAGAAGACCGUUGAUAGGCUCAAGGCUGACCUGUGUGAGACAACGCGAAGCUUGGAUUACCAUAAAGAAAAAUAUAAAAAUCAUGAUUCUAAAAUGCUCUGUUUAUUCAAUGACAUUGAAAGGGUACAGAGGGAGAAUAUGGAACAUGAAGAAACCAUCAUGACUCUAAAGGAGCGUCAUCAAGAACUCGAGAUUGCACUUUCUGGGAUUCAGGAGAAAAGACAAGAGAUGUUGAAAACCCUGAGACUGCUGAAAGGCGAUGACUAACUAAAUUGUCUAUUUUAUCACGAUUCUUUCAAGUGAAGACCGAAUUAUCAAAAAUAACCACAAUCUACUCUAAUUGUCUGAUGAAGUUGCAUCGUACAUACAAAUUGCUUUCUCCCAAUAGAUCGAAAUUUGUUGUCAUAGGGAGCUUAUUGUUAAUUACUUUACUGUAAUUAACACUUGAAAAAUUCAACUCGUAUUUUUAUGGUAGAAAUUUAUAAUUUUAGCUGCCAUUUAACAUGUGGGCAGGUAGUCUAUGAAUAAUAGAUAAUCAAAUAAACAUGUUUAAUCAUAACAUAAUUAAUAUAUUCCU